AUGCCUGAGGUGGGAGACAAGACGGCCCGUUGGUAUUUAAGUCUGAUCGUUCUCACGCCUGUCAUCUUGCUUGGACUCGUCGGGAACUGUCUCAGCAUGCUCACCUGGAGCCGCGGCAGCAACAGAAACAAGUCGACGGCGGUGUUGCUCACGUGCCUCGCCGUCACGGACACCAUCGUGCUGGCCAUUCCGGCGCUGGAAAUGUGGGCGGACGAGGUGUUCAACUUCAAGCUGCGGCUUCCGCACGUGGUGCUGUGUAAGCUGUUCGCUUGGGCCUCUUACUUUGGGCCCACCAUGAGCUCGUGGAUAAUUGUGUUGGUCACUUUGGAGAGAUUUGUGAGCAUUUGGUUCCCCGUGAGAAACAGGCACGUUUCCGAGCGGACACGUGCGGCAAACUCGUUCACGAUGCGCGCGAUCGCUCUGAGCAUCAUACUCCUAGUGUGUCUGCUACCAGUGACGUCAAAAGAAGUGUAUCACUCUCAGACGGGCACAAACCACGAGGGACUCCUUCAGGUCGUGGUGAGCGUCCUGCUCUACGCCAACAGUGCCUUAAACUUUCUGCUCUACUGCGCUAUUGGCACGGGGUUUCGGACGGACAUGAAGAAGAAGGUCUCCCAGACCAGCUGGACACCUGCAGGAGACUCCAAGACAGUCUGUAACGGUGCCAAGCACUUCAACAGAAGACACCCAAAAAGUGCAAGACAGUCUGCCAGACCGUCGGGACACCUAAAUGAGACUCCCAGACAGUCUGAGACGGUGCCAGAGAGUCUUUAG